AUGGAGAGAGGGCUGAACCCGCCCGAAGGCGCCCCGAGCCCUGCGUGGGGCGGGCCGUUCUGGGCCGGAGCCCUGAGGGAGCACAGGCCAGCUGGGAGCACCCAGGGGUGCCUGAGAAGGCAGCUAAGGCCUGCUCCAGGUCCUUCUCACCGAAGCCCUGGCCACUCAAGUCCAGCUCCCGCAGACUGUGACACCACUUCUGGAACCAACUACCCAGAGCUUCUAGAACCCGGCGCCGCGCAGCCUAGACGGCCACCUGGUGUCGCUCCCCUGUCUUCGUCUCAGAGCUCCUGCUCCUUCCUGACCGCGGCCCUGGAGGCAUUAUUCUCCCAGGCCCCGAAGGGCCGGAUCAGCGGCCUGCCUACGACCUCUAGCGGUAAGCCCUUCCAGCUCUGGGCCCAAGGACUCUUCUGCACCGAGCGCAGCCUCGCCAGGCGCCUCAAGAACAACAGUUUCUACCCGUUCACGCAGCAGCAGCCCAACGUCUUCGUGCUCGAGUACUACCUGGACACGCUGUGGAAGGGGACGCUGCUCUUCAUAGUCUGCAUCUUGCUCAUCAGCUUCGGCCUCGUGAGCGAGGUGCAGAAGCAGGAGACCUGGGGCUUCCCUGCCUACGGCGUGGGCGUGGGCCUGUGGCUUAUGAUCUCGUCGCUGCCGCGGCGCCGCCUAGUGCUGAACCACGCGCGCGGCGUGUACCACUUCUCCAUCCAGGGCCGCACCGUGUGUCAGGGCCCCAUGCACCUGGUCUACGUGCGCCUGGCGCUCAACUCGGACGCCUACCGAAGGUGCUUCUUCCAGCUGGUUCUGUGCGGGCACAAGCUGGAGCCUCUAGUGCUGGUGCAGCUGUCGGAGCGCUACGAGCAAAUGGAAUACCUGGGCCGGUACAUUGCCAGGAAGCUCAACAUUAACUACUUUGACUGCCUGGCCAUGUCAUACCGGCACGUGGUCCGCCACUGGCCGCUGGGGACCGCCUUCAGCCCGGGCAUCGUGCUGCGCAAGACCGGGGCCUACGACGGGGGGAACCCUCAGUGGGACCCAGACGUGUGAUGCUGCCAGCAGGCACCCACCCCUCUCCCACCCCAAGAGGCGUUCUGCCUUCCCCUCCAAUCCCCCGCCUCCACCCUACCACUGGCCUUCUCAAUAAAGCAACCU